UUAGUAUAUCAUAUUUAGUUUAGAAAGAUAACAUUACUUGCUUUAUUACAUGUAAAUGCUUAUUUUCUAAACUCUCCACAUCACAUAGUACAUUUUAUAUAGACUAAUAUCAAUACUGAGUAACUAAUAUAUGCAUCAGGUUAAGUGGCACAAAAAGCAUUUUUAUCAUGGCUGUAAAUUUUUCUGUCAAUACCAAUAAUGUUGACUUGGAUGAUAAAAUCAACGAGUGGUUAAAAUGGAAUAAGGAUCAGAAUGCUGAACAUAAAAUUAGGGAACUUAUUUCUAAUGGUGAUUAUAAAACUUUGUCUAAUUUAUUCCUAAGGAGACUUGAAUUUGGUACUGCUGGACUAAGAGGUCGUAUGGGUCCAGGAUAUAGUCAGAUGAAUGAUUUAGUUAUAGUUCAAACUGGUCAAGGUUUAUCUGAGUACUUACUUGAUACUAUUGCAACUAAAAAUAGGAUCAUAAUAGGAUAUGAUGGACGUUAUGGUAGUAAAAGGUUUGCUGAAUUAACUGCUGCAAUUUUUUUGGCAAAGAACAUGAAAGUGUACCUUUUCUCAAAAGUUGUUCCAACUCCAUUUAUACCUUAUGGAGUAUUGAAAUAUAAGUGUGCAGCUGGGAUAAUGAUUACAGCUUCUCACAAUCCAAAAGAUGACAAUGGCUAUAAAGUUUACUGGGAAAAUGGUGCACAAAUAAUAUCACCACAUGAUAAGAAAAUUCAAAAAUAUAUACUUGAAAACCUUGAACCAAAUGAAUCCUCUUGGGAUACUAUAAAUGUUUAUAACAAUGAUUUGUAUACAGAUCCAUGGAAUGAUAUUAUGGAAUCUUAUUUUUAUAAUCUUAAGCAAACUGUUUUGUAUCCUGAAGUAAAUAGAAAUACAAUAUUAAAAUUUGUUUAUACUCCCAUGCAUGGUGUUGGAUAUGAGUAUAUGAGUGCAGCUUUUAAUGUUGCGAAUUUGAAGCCAUUCAUAGUAGUUGAAGAACAAAAAUUACCUGAUCCAGAAUUUCCAACUGUCAAAUUUCCAAAUCCUGAAGAAGGAAAAAGUGCUUUAGAUCUAAGUAUACAAGUAGCUGAUAAAAAUUCUGCCACUAUUAUUCUUGCAAAUGACCCUGAUGCAGAUAGAUUGGCUUGUGCUACAAAAAUGAAAAAUGGUGAAUGGUAUGUUUUCUCUGGAAAUGAAUUGGGAGCACUUUUGGGUUGGUGGAUGUUGCAUAAGUAUCAAGUCGAACAUGUUGAUACAGAUUUUUCAAAUGUAUAUAUGUUGGCAUCAACAGUUUCAAGUAAAAUUUUAGCAUCAAUGGCCAAACAAGAUGGAUUUAACUUUGAGGAAACUUUAACAGGUUUUAAAUGGAUGGGUAACAGGACUAUAGAAUUGAAAAACGCAGGUAAAGAGGUUUUAUUUGCGUUUGAAGAAGCCAUUGGUUUUAUGUGCGGUUCAAAUGUUCUUGAUAAAGAUGGCAUAAAUGCUGGAUUGUGUUUAGCCGAAUUAUCGACUUAUCUUGAGACUAUGGGACUUACUCUUCAUGAAAAAUUGAAUGAAAUAUAUGCACAAUAUGGAUAUCAUGUGUGUAAAAAUUCAUACUGGAUCUGUCAUGAACCAGACAUAAUUAAAAACAUAUUUGAAAGAUUACGAACAUACUCAGGGAAACCAAAUACAUAUCCAACAGACAUUUUAAAAGGAAAAUAUACUAUAACAGGUGUUCGGGAUUUAACAACUGGAUAUGAUAACACAAAACCAAACAAUAAAGCUGUUUUACCAGUUUCAAAAUCUAGUCAAAUGAUAACAUUUAUAUUUAACAAUGGUUUAGUUAUGACACUGAGAACUAGUGGUACUGAACCUAAAAUUAAAUACUACAGUGAAUUAUGUACACAUUCAACAGAACAAGAUAUCAAGAUAUUAAAAAAUACGCUUGAUGAAAUGAUAUCAGCUAUUGUAACUGAAUUUCUUCAACCCGAAAUAAAUGGUCUUCUGCCACGUACAAAUUAAAUAAUAUUGUUAUUUUAAAUUAUAUUAGCUAACAAACAAAAGGUAACCAUUUUAAAUUUAUUAAAAUAUGAAUAUUAGAAUAUUUAAACAUAGAUAUAUUCAACUUUUACACUUUUUUAU